ACAUGCGCACAAAAUCAAAACAGUCUGUUAAUUUCCGUUUGAUGUUCCUUUGAUGUUUUGGCGAUACACAUUUUGCACUAUGCUUGUCCAGUGUUUAAUGCAAAGAUCAGGAUACAAAAAUGAAUGCAGCAUUUGAUUUGAUAUUUUGGCAUGUGACAUUUUGAUUCAUCAAUAAUGGCUGGAAGAACUCAGCAGCAAGCUGAUCGUACAAGACGAAAAAGAAGUCGAACUCUGCCACCCGUUUAUACCGGAAUAAGUGGGUCAUUUGAGGACAAAGACAAUGAUUUUGUUUGUCCAAUAUGUUUUGAUAUCAUAGAAGAAGCUCACAUGACAAAGUGUGGUCAUACAUUUUGCUACAAAUGUAUCAAACAAAGUUUAGAGAACAGUAAUAGAUGUCCCAAGUGUAACUAUUUAAUAGAGAGUUCAGAUCAGAUAUUUCCAAACUUCACAUUGAAUGAAUUGAUAAUGAAACACAGAGGAAAACUAGAGGAAAAAAAGAUAAAGGUAGAAAAUAAUGUACACGGAGGAGGAAGUACAUCCUGGUAUGACAUGAUCACAGAAGAUAGUUUAGAUCUGCCCAAUGUUAAUAACCUACUGGAGAUUUUACAGACCAAGAAACAAAAACUUGAAGCCGACAAUCAGUUAUCCCAGCACAUGAUAUUGAAAGAUUUUUUACAUAACGUCAGACAGAAAAAACAAGAGCAAUUGGAUCAACUUCAGAAAGAAUUAUCAUUGAUAGAUGAAGAUUUAUCUAAAGUGGAGGUGAUGAUUUCAGAAACGAAAAGAAAAUUCUCAUCAUUUGCAGAUCAUCUAGUGCCUAAUGGGUUUGAUGUGGCUACAGACAAUGGAAGCCAAGAUGGAUUUAAUGGGAGUAAAAAUGCUGGAAAACCUUUCUUUAACACAACUCAUGCAGCAAGGCGGAAGAAAGUGGACCAGCACUAUGAAGAUUUAGAACAAUGUUAUUUCAAUAUACGACAGAAAAAACUCUUUGAAUUUGAAGACAAGAGCAAUGGUUUAGAUGAAUUUACUGAAAGUCUUUCAAAAUUUACACGAUUUAGUUCAUUCCGGCCAUUAGCCACACUUAGUUAUGCUAGUGAUAUGUAUAAUGGAUCUAGUAAUAUUGUAUCCAGUAUAGAAUUUGACAGAGAUUGUGAUUAUUUUGCUAUAGCUGGAGUUACAAGAAAAAUUAAAAUAUAUGAAUAUGAUACUGUGAUAAAGGAUGCUGUAGAUAUACAUUAUCCUGUCCAUGAAAUGGUGUGCAAUUCUAAAAUCAGUUGUGUUACUUGGAGUUCAUAUCAUAAAAAUCUGCUAGCAAGCUCCGACUAUGAAGGGACAAUCACCCUAUGGGAUGCUUUUACGGGUCAAACUUCUAAAAUUUUUCAGGAACAUGAGAAACGAUGUUGGAGUGUAGAUUUCAACAGAAUGGAUCCUAAACUAUUAGCUUCAGGUUCUGACGAUGCCAAAGUAAAAUUAUGGUCCACGAAUACAGAUCAUUCUAUAGCAUGUUUAGAAGCCAAGGCUAAUGUAUGUUGUGUUUACUUCAAUCCAGAAAGUCGUUAUCAUUUAGCAUUUGGAUCUGCAGACCAUUGUGUUCAUUAUUAUGAUUUACGGAAUACCAAACAAGCUGUGAUGGUUUUCAAAGGGCAUAGGAAGGCAGUAUCUUACUGUAAAUUCUUAAAUUCUCAGGAAAUAGUGUCUGCAUCGACAGACAGCCAGUUAAAGCUUUGGGAAGUCAGUAAACCAUCCUGUCUACGGACAUUUAAAGGACAUACCAAUGAGAAAAACUUUGUUGGUCUAGCAACAGAUGGUGAUUAUAUAGCUUGUGGUAGUGAGAAUAAUUCCUUGUUUGUUUAUUAUAAAGGAUUAUCAAAACAACUGUUGACAUUUAAGUUUGAGACUGUUAAAAGUGUUUUGGAAAAGAAUAAGAAAGAGGAAGAAGUGAAUGAGUUUGUUAGUGCUGUUUCUUGGAGACCUGGCUCCAAUGUUAUGGUUGCUGCCAAUAGUCAAGGGACAGUCAAAGUGCUAGAAAUGGUAUAGCAGCCAACAAGAUGUUUAUCUAUGUACUAACAACAAAUAGUGCAGAAGUUUGAACAACAAACAAAAUAGUUUUGUGCUAGAGAUAAAAAACUAGAACAUUGUUUUGAUAAAUUUCUAUUUUUAAUACAAUAACAGAAAAGGUUGUUAAAAAAUAAAGUGGCAUGACAUAUCCACUAUUCCCACUGUAACUCAGUGGCAAAACAUUGUGCAUUCUCUUUUCACACUUUUACUCAGGUUGUUUUCAUGUGCCAUUUGAACCAUUGGUUUUCAGAAAGACGAAGGUUGUAUACUAACAAAAGUCCUAUAAAUCUAUCCUACAUUAAGGGGACACUGAGAAUUUACACUAAUGGAUAUAGGUUCAAGUAGAGAGGUCUAGGUUAAGAUAGAAUACCAAAGGGACAUGGUAUAUAUUAGGACAAAAACUCAUUCAAUUAUCAAGGCCAGUUAAACUGCAGCAUAAAACUAGCCAUUCAUAAUUAUGCAUUGUUCUGUGCGUAAUAUUACCAAAACAUCUGUUUGUGUAGAUCAUUUUUGCAGUCUGUUCACUUGUCUGUUUUUGAUUACAUCAUUUAAGGAUGUACUUAGGUGAGGUUUUGGAAUUUGUGUCAAAUGUUCGAACUCCUUGGUGUUUUUCCAUACAAUACAAUGCAAAAUAUUUUGCCCUAUAACACCCAUUUAUUUUUUCAUAUAAAAUUUAAUACCUCAUGAAACAUUAUUUAACAAAAUUUUAGAAGAAUCUUAAUUUUCUUUCUUUUGUUUUGAGACCUAAUAAUACCAAUGCAAAUAUAAGGUAAAAGUCCGCGUCAACCUUUUCCAGCCAUAUUUUAAAUUUCAAAUAUCUCGAAAAGGAGGUCCAUGAUCUAUCAAUAUU